AAGGGAAAGCGGCCGCGCAGCCCGCGGGAGGGAGGGAGGGCACGGCGGAGCGGGACUCGGGGUGCGGCAGGAGCAGCCGCCGAGGAGGGAGGUGGGGUCGAAGGGUCGCUGCUGCUGCUGCUGCUGCUGCUGCUGCCGCCGCCGCUGCUGCACCGCAGAGACGCGCGGGGCCUCCGGGAAGAACGGCUGUGCCGGCGGCUGUCGUGAGGAGCCGGUGAGGCGGAGCCCGGCGAGGAGUCUCCGGUCGUUCUCGCCUCCUCGGAGGAAGCUGCCGGCACCCUUCUCUCUUACCCACACCCCCCCCUCUCCCGGCCGCGGGAGAGCCGCUGCCCCGGCCUUGCUGCCCGUCGCGGCGGGUCCGCGGGGGGAGCCUCCGCCAGGGCCGCGGCGAUGAUGUCGGGACAGUCGAUCACCGACCGCAUCACGGCGGCGCAGCACAGUGUCACCGGCUCGGCCGUCGCCAAAGCCGUCUGCAAGGCCACGACCCACGAGGUGAUGGGCCCCAAGAAGAAGCACCUGGAUUAUCUAAUACAGUGCACAAAUGAAAUGAAUGUGAAUAUUCCACAGUUGGCAGACACACUCUUUGAGAGAACUGCAAACAGUAGCUGGGUUGUAGUGUUCAAAGCUCUAAUUACAACACACCACCUCAUGAUGUAUGGAAACGAGCGCUUUAUCCAGUAUCUUGCAUCCCGAAACACAUUGUUCAAUUUAAAUAACUACCUGGACAAAAGUGCCAUGCAGGGCUAUGAUAUGUCUACCUUCAUCAGGAGAUACAGCAGAUACUUGAAUGAAAAAGCACUUUCAUAUAGACUUGUAGCAGUUGACUUCACCAAAAUGAAAAGAGGGACAGAUGGAGUGAUGAGAACCAUGAAUGCUGAAAAGCUGCUGAAAACCCUUCCAAUCAUACAGAACCAGCUUGAUGCACUCCUUGAUUUUGAUGCAAAUCCAAAUGAACUAACAAAUGGUGUUAUAAAUGCUGCCUUUAUGCUCCUCUUUAAAGAUUCCAUUAGACUUUUUGCAGCAUACAAUGAGGGGAUUAUAAAUCUUUUAGAAAGAUAUUUUGAUAUGAAGAAGAACCAGUGCAAAGAAGGCUUGGAUAUAUACAAAAAAUUUCUAGCCAGAAUGACCAAAUUGUCAGAAUUCCUCAAAGUAGCAGAGCAAGUUGGAAUUGAUCAGGGUGACAUUCCAGAUCUUACUCAGGCACCCAGCAGCUUACUUGAAGCACUGGAACAGCAUUUGGCUUCCGUGGAGGGAAAGAAAACAAAAGAAGUGUCAGCUGCCAGCAGAGCUCGUGCCCUAUCCAGUGCUGUUUCCACCCUUGCCAAUACUGGAAUGUCAUUUAGCAGGAUGGAUGAGAAGGAAAAGCAGCAGGCACUGGAGGAGGAGCAAGCUAGGCUGCAGGCACUUAAGGAGCAGCGAUUAAGAGAGAUUUCUGUAGUAUCAAAUUCCACUUCCACAUCAGCAUCCCCAAGCACCUUAUCAGGAAAAAGUGUCAACACCACUGUAGCUGUUGACCUCUUUGCAGUACCAGCACCCACAACAAAUAGCAUGCCCAACCUUUCUAGUGAUCUUUUUGAUCUCCAGCCUGCAUUUGUUCCAACUGUGCAGAGUACUCCAGCUAUAUCAACAUCAGCAAGCAAUGCCUGGGGAGGUCCUUUCUCGUCCUCAAAUGGUUGUGUUGGUUCUCCACCUCAUCUGGACAUCUUUGACAUGAAGCCAGUUGAAGAAGCUGUAAAAUCUACCACCCCUUUCAUCAAUUCUGCUUUUUCCUCCAAACAAACAGUGGAACUGUUUAGUGAUGACUUUAGUGGUCAUAAACCUACAUAUGCUUCUGUGUAUCAUCCUCUGACUGUUGAUGGUUUUCCUCUUCAGUCAGCUCCUCCCAGUACCACCUCUGCAACAAUUAAUGUGGACUUUGAUGCUGUUUUUGGAGGAAAAUCUACAGCACCAGAGUACAAGACUACAACUGAUGAUGUAUUGCAGCCCACAGUGCCACCACAAAGUCAAAGAGCCACUUUAGCCAACCAGCAAAGUGGAAAAAUUUUGGCAAAUGACCUUGAUUCUUCCCUUGCUAAUCUAGUGGGAAAUCUUGGCUUUGGAGGAACUCCAUCCAAAAAAUCUGAUAUGCAGUGGACUCAGCCUACAGAGAAAAAACUUACAGGUGGAACAAACUGGCAAGCAAAAACAAGCACCUCGACCACAUGGAACCCUACUCCCUUACCCACUAUUCCACACAUGGUACCUGCUCCUAUCACCUACCCAGUGACCCCACCUCAAGUGCCUGUAUAUGGAAUGGUACCUCCUCAGAUUGGAGCUGCUCCUUUGAUGGCACCCCAGUCAAUGAUGUACACUCAGCCUGGUCUAAGGCCAACAAAUCCUUUUGCACCUGUUUCUGAAACUCAGAUACAGUUUAUGUAGAGCCACCAAAGCAGCAAGAUGUGAGAAACAACCAAAUACUGGUAAAAAAAGACUGAAUUUCACUUUUCCCAUGAUGUACUCCUGAACAGGGCAACUGUUUCUUCCCUGUAUAAUAUGAUGUAAUUUUGAAUUGUGAUGCUUUAGAGAUUCUUGUUUAUAACAGUCACUGCAGUGGAAGGCAGGUUUGCUCCCUGAUUUGUGAACAGCUCAGCAGAAAACUGUUUUUUUGAGGCUGACUCAGAAGGUUCAAGCUGGUUUAUCAUCUUCAGAGCUGAGAAGAGGGGUUACAUGAUUGCUCUGCAACCUUAUUCAUCAGUAGAUUACCUUAGGAAGUUAACUGAGGAUGUCCAAGCUAUUUAUUUUCUCCAUAAAUUCUGUGGCUGUUGUAACCAAGACACGACACAAACGAAGUUGAGCAAUAAAAUUGUCACGUGCUCUAAUAAAUACUCUGAUAGAGCAAUGCUUGCAUUAUCAUAAGGCCAAUGUUGUGUGAAAUCAGACAGCUUUUUCACAUCAGCUUAUAGUAAUUUGCAACCUUUAUAAUGUGAGUUUGAAAUGCUGUGAAUCAACGAGAUAUAUACAUAUUACAUAUACAUAGAGUAAAAAUAAAAAUUGCUCCAUUGGUAUGUCAGUGUUACAUGGCUAGUGGACAGAACCAGGCUCUGAUAUGGGCUGGAAAGUCUGUGAUGGAGUAGGGGAAACAAGUGUGUUCCUACCAGCACGUGCAGCCUCCAAGAGGUGACAGUGGCUGCACCGUAUCAAGCAUCUUCUCUGCAGGCAGCAUUUGCCAUAGCUCAAGGUUUGGGAGCCAGUGAGUGCAGGUACCUCCAACAGCAGCAAAUGGGAGCAGUUUGAGAAAUCAUGUUGCUGCCUGCAAAAAAAAAAAAGGCAAGAGAUCUGAUUUUUAAUUUUUUUUUUUUUUCUUAAAAAAAAGUCUAUUAGGUCACAAGAAGCAAAUGUUGCAGUAGUGCUGACACUUGUGGACUGGCAACAGUACUGAAGUUAUCCAGCUGCAGAGAAUUGCUUGUGCUGCUUUUCUGAAGUAAGAACCUAGUUGCAAAUCAUGUAAAAGUAAUUAUUUUUAAAUGUGUAAAUAUGUGCAAACUUUUAGAUAGUCUUUUCUUUAAUGCUGCAGUAAUCUUUUUCAUCUGUAGUAAUUUCGAGGCAAAAAUGCCACGUUAAGAAAUCCCAACUCCUUUUGAGUGGAAAAUCUUUUAAAUCAAGUAAUUUAUGAUGUUACUCAUGAGAGGUCAGAUGUGUACAGGCUUCUGGCACAUCUUUUGUAUUGAACAAUCUUCCUUCAGUACUGCAGUUGGCUAUGAAAAUGCCUUAUCUUGUAUUUUUCAAUGUCUGAUAAAAAGUGAUAGCAUUAAAAAAAAAAAGUAGUUAAUAGGUAAAUGAAAUUGGGAGCAAGUUUUGUCGCAAAAUACAAUUAAAAGCUCUCCUGUAAAAUGACUUCUGCUGAUGAUUAAUAUUAAAGCUGGGUUUUCAAAAAAUGAAUAGUUUUCUAUUGAUAAACAGCCCUUCAGAGUAGCAUGUCUGAUAUCCUUUGGGGAGUCUGUAAUUGCAGAAAUGUCUCUGAUUCUCACUAUAAAUGCAGAUAGGCCUCAGAGUCUUGUCAAACUGCCCUGCAGAGAACUUCUAAAGUACAGCACUUUCCUGACAGUGGGAACAAGCUUUUCUUUUUCUAAAUGCUCAAUUCUGCCCAAGCACACUGCAACAGUAAUAUUUCUUAACUCUGUGGAAAUAUUUUUGUCAAGUGAAACAACUCAAAAGAAACUAAAUAAAAAGCAUUCUCCAUCUCUUGGAAUCUGUAACCACUAACUUCUGGGAAACUGCAGGAAUUGCAAACUCAGUUUUUCAGUGUGCUGGUUUGAAAAGAAUUUGGAUUGGUCUGUAGCAAUUUACAGUUCAAGUUUGAUUUACAAAGGGCUGCAAGCUUUAAUCCACCUUCACUGGGCUGAACAAUUGUACAGUUUUAAGCCAAUGAGUUCUUCAGUGCCUAUGGUUACCCUCUGCAUGAUGAGGGAGUAGAUGCCAUUGUGUUGAAGGGACUGUUUGUGUAAGAAAUUGGGAAUUCCAUUGCUUCAUUCAGCACUGAAAAGUCUGGAGUUCAAAUUAGAGCAGAACUUGUAGUAAUAAAUGUCAGGGCAUUAAAGGCAGAGCUGAGCAGGCCACAAGCUGGCAGUUUCCAGCACUGGGAGCUGUUAGGUCUCUUGUGCUGAGUUGGGUAAGUAAUAAUUUAAUAAAAUAUGCAAAUAAAUGCCUGGCAAACAGUAUGUAUUGGUUAACUUUAUCGAGGAGCAUUCUGAGUAUCUGGACUGUGUGUCACUGAGAAAUGGGUUUAGUGCUAGGUACAGGCUGCACUGCUUCUGAUUUGCUCUGGAGUUUUUAAUGGUUCUUUUGUAGGCUCCUUGUAGCAAAGCUGUCUGAUGCCAGUUUGGUUAGUAUUAAAAAAGGAGAAACAGCCACAAAGUAUACCCUGAAAACUUUGUAAGAUACCUUCUUUCUAGUCUCGUUCAGACUGUUUGAUAAAAACAUAGCUUUCAGACUUAUCCUUAGGAAGACAAGAUUGCUUCCCAACCUUCUCUCUGCACAAAAGCAGGACUGCUUUUUGCCAACGUGUUCCUUGGGUGCAUAUUGGGACACAUAAAGGGCAGAGCACAGUGGUUUAAAUAACAGUUCAUGACAGAGGAUGCUGUCAGGGCUUUGCUGGCUCAGAACUUCGUCUCCAAGAAGACACUUGGAAGACAGAGGUUGUUCUUGAGGGUAACUAACAGCCCACAAGAGUUGUGAAUAAUAGUUGUGAAAACACUGAAGAGAUGUAUAUAAAUGUGACCUUCCCUUUGGUUUCCUUCCAACUCGUUUGGUCAGAAUCCUGUUCUGAAUACUUCAGAGGGCAGAUAACUAAGAUGUCACUCCAUGUUUGCUGUCUGAACAAGGGGGAAGGCUCCAGGUACACUGUGCAGAGCCUUGCAUGGCUGUACUGAGUGGGUCAUUCCUGCCUGACUGUUGGGACUUCAUGCUGCUUCUGUGGGGUCACACCCAUAGGGUAACUGUGAGGGGAAUUUGGAAAGGUUGAUUGUGUUAGGUCUGAUGGACUUGAAAGUGUACCUCUUCUUCAGUAACUGGGGUUUUCUAAGGUUCUCUAGACUCCAAGAAGUUAUUGAAUUAUUUUGGUUUGGACACGUACUAGAGAAAUCUCAGUUCUGUGCACAUAGUGGUGGAAUCCUUGUAGGUAAAAAUUACAAAUGGACUUUUGUUUAAAAACAAACCUACACACACAAAAAAACCACCAAAAAACCCCCCUUCUGACUACAAGACUGAAUACAGGGUGUAUCCCCAUCUGGGUGUUUUGCUGUGUGGCAGGGAAGGUGGGGGUACAAUUAGAGUAGUGUUGCACUGUGGAUCGGUGCUGAAUUUGUACAUAUAAAAAAAAACAACACUUUUUUUUUUGGGGUAGUUUGUAUUGUAAGGCCAACAUCUAAAGGCACUGUAUCAGUCAUUUAUUUCCAUUUAAAAGAUUAUUAUAUUUUUGAGCGAUGGAAACUGUACAUGUUAUCAUUUAUACAUUACUGGUAGCUAGGAAUUUAGAAAACCUGUUGCUAUUACUCUGAAGAUGUAUUUGACUUCCUGAUAAUCACUGCAUCAUGGCUCAGAUUCUCAUCAUUUAUUUAAGGAGAUUUAGUAACUGGGACAGUUACAGCAGGAAUUGUAACAUCAAGUCUUUCAGUAUAUCUCAAAUGCCUAUCCUUGUGAUUAAGUUUAAAUCCUUUACCAAAUAUUUGGGCUGGAAUUUCAGUGUUGGAGCAAUGACAAAAUAGGUGCUGGAACAGAUUUCCCUCACCCCAAUCCACACUUUUAUUUAUUUAAUAGGUCUUGUUUUGUAUGUUAUGUUUUUCCCCAUAACAGGUUUGUGCCUUUUAUUGGAUAUUUAUUUAAAAGGAGCUACUAUAAUUUAGGUUGUUCAGGCUUUUUUUCAGAUGUGUUCUUGUACAGCUGUUCCUUUACACGAGUUCCUUCAUUUUAUAAGAAUACAGAAUGUGUGGGAAACACACUAGCCACAAACUGGAAAAAAAAACUUUUGAGGGUUUAUCUUCUAUGAAUUCAUAAUUUUUUAAAACGAAGCCUAAGCACAAGACUGGCUGUGUUGAUAUUUUAAUUGUGGAACUUCACAAUUUGUUAAUACACAAGCUGUUUGGUUUUUUUAAAAACUGCUCAUGUCCAGUUAUUUGAUGAAACAAGUUUUGGAAAAAAAAAAAAAACCAAAAAAUAAACUUCGGCACAU